AUGAUAUUUAUGCUAGGGUCCUUGGGCUUGUUACAGGCAAUCUUGAUGCCACUGUAUGGCGCAUUGGUGCGCUUCAGGGCGCACUACAACCCGAUGGGUCUACAACUCGACUCUGAGUCUGAGGGCGAUGUGCAGCCCCGUACUGGCCCAGUCAUCUCAUCCUUCUUUGCGAUGCUGAGAAGGGUUCACAAAAUCGAGGGUUGGUCAGGACUAUACAAGGGAUUGAUGCCCUUGUUGCUGUCACAGAGUCUCAGCUUCAGCUUCUUCUUCUUGAUGAUUUUUUUGAGCAACAGUAAUCUUCUCCACGUAGCAUCAUACGUCGACACGCUGAUCUACAAUAUUUUUGCCAUGCUUGUAUCUCUUCCGCUGGUAGUCAUCACGAACCGCUGCCGUACUGGAACGCAAUUCCACUCACUCCGUGUUCUGCUAACACCCACUGAGCGCCAGAAACCUUGGACUCUCUAUCUCACUCCUGGUUUCCUUGUCGCCAAAGUUGCGCACAUCGCCUACGUUCUCGGUCUGCGGUCCAUCCGGCAGCUCGUUCUCCCAGAACUCGCCAAUCCACACUUUAACAUCCGAUAUAUUUCUCUCAUCAAGGCCAUUUUCUUGGCCAUCACGCUUCUGAGCACAGGAGUCAUUCUCACCCCUUUGGAAGUCAUUGCCAUCAGACUUUCUAUUCAACGCAACCAUGCAGCUUCUGAAUUCAACUCCAUCUCACAGGAGGGCGGCACCGAGGAAGCAAUGGAGUACGCCGGUGCUGAUGAGGAUGUCAUUAAGUAUGUAACAUCAUCUUUUUACUUCGAGUUCCCUGAGUUAAUGUUUCACAAAUAUAGCCUGAGAACCGAAAGGGAGCCAUAUGUCGGCUUCGUUGAUUGUGCGAAGAGGAUUAUCGAAGAGGAAGGCUGGAGCACGCUAUAUCGUGCAUGGUGGUUGACGAUAUUGGCAGCCUGCGGCGGUCCCUUAUAAAGAUUCUUAUUUUUCUGGUCCAUGACAACUUUCCAUGAUGCAGAUUCCCGAAGACGAUGUUCGAAUCGGGAACGUACUAUGUAUUAACGUCGUACUUGGCCGCCCGUUAAUUCAUCUGACAGCUGCCUGUAUCAUCUAAUGUACGUACUUUGUGUGUUAGAUGCCCAAGUGCGUCAUCGUCCGAUUGAUCUCUUCCGCAACUCUUGCGUACGGGACUGUCCACUGAGUCCGAGUUAGGACUGCGAUCGAUGCGAUCGAGGAUCCAUUUGGAUUGACAAUUGGUGAACGUGUUGUUGGAUUUCGACUUCAAUAUCGACGUGGUUCUCCGUAUUCAGUGUGCGCCUGCUGUCGAGGGUCUCGACUACGGAGGCACAGUAAAGGACGGCGGAGGAAGGAC